AUGAAGUUGUCUUACGUAUGCUUUCUCGCUCUUGGUUCUUUCGCGGAGGCUAUAUGCAGAGGUUCAUGCAAACUUUCGGUCGACGCUUCCGAUCUUGCCGCUGAUACUUGCACCAUCAAUUCUGGUCAGAAAGGUGAAUGCAUUCUGACCAGCACUUGUUCAAGCCAGGGUGGAACGUCUCAGGUUGGCCAUUGUCCUGGGGCUGCUGAUAUUCAAUGUUGUACGUACGGAAGCUGUACCGUGAACGGCGAAGAAGGAACUUGUCAACCGACAGGUACUUGCAGCGGGACGAAGACUGCUGGUCAUUGUCCAGGCCCAAGUGAUAUCCAGUGCUGCACUUCCUCGAAAGGAGGCUGUACCGCACCAUCUGUCAAUGCUGCAACUAUCAGCCUCAUCAAGUCUUUUGAAGGCUUUGUUGCUAGUCCAGGAUCCGAUCCGAUCGGUUUGCCGACAGUCGGGUAUGGACAUCUAUGCGAGACAAAAGGAUGCGCCGAGGUUCCAUAUCCAUUUCCGUUGACUACGACGACUGCUUCUGAACUCCUCGCAUCAGAUUUGAAGAAAUUUGAGCAAUGCGUUUCAGAAGAUAUAGACUCCUCGAUUCACUUGAAUGCCAACCAAUAUGGUGCUCUCGUCUCCUGGGCUUAUAACGUCGGCUGUGACAACGUUGCUUCUUCUACUCUAAUCAAGAGAUUGAAUGCGAAAGACACUCCAGACACGGUUGCGAGUGAGGAGCUGCCAAAAUGGGAUAUGGCAGGUGGACAAGUUGAGCCUGGAUUGCAGAGAAGGAGAGCUGCUGAGGUGAAGCUUUUCGAGACUGCGAGCGGGGUCGCGGCUUUGCCUGCUUGUUAA